GAGAGUCCCGCACGGACUGUUGCUAAUAUGUAACAGUUUACUGUUCUUGAAUGCACCCCAAGGCUGCGAACAUUUCACUGCGCAAACCAUGGAACAAACGGGAUUUGUUUGGACUCUUCUCUGACAUUAAACCUAUAAAACUCGUACUAAUUUGCUCUUCACUCCAUUGGAUUUUCCACGUUGGAUGUAACAAAUAUACUCAUACAUAAUGCAGAUAAACAGCUGUUCAUAGUUUAUCGCUUUUGAUACAAUGUAACUCUUCGUCCUGAGUGUUCGAAACAGCGGCUUGCUCUAGGAACGGACAACCGACCUCAUACUUCCUGCCCCGAUCUUGCUCUAAGGAGUCUACGGCCUUCAAGAUGCUUGAGACACCUCCAGGAUAUCCAUUUGAAGAGAUAGAAUAUGAGGAUAUAGAAGUUGAAGAGGUUGUUGGCAGAGGGACAUUUGGAGUUGUCUUCAAGGCCAAAUGGAAAGGCAAAGAUGUGGCCAUCAAGACCAUAGAGAGUGAAAAUGAGAGGAAAGCUUUUGUAGUAGAGCUCCGCCAGCUUUCCAGAGUAAAUCACCCAAAUAUUGUGAAGCUCUAUGGCUCAUGUGAUAAUCCAGUCUGUCUUGUUAUGGAAUACGCUGAAGGUGGCUCUUUAUACAAUGUGCUGCAUGGAGCUGAGCCCCUGCCCCAGUACAGUGCAUCCCACGCUAUGAGCUGGUGUCUGCAGUGUGCUCAGGGGGUCUCUUAUCUCCAUGGCAUGAAACCCAAGGCCCUCAUUCACAGAGACCUCAAACCACCCAAUCUGCUGCUUGUACAGGGUGGCACAGUGUUGAAGAUCUGUGACUUUGGGACAGCCUGUGACAUCCAGACACACAUGACCAACAACAAAGGAAGUGCAGCCUGGAUGGCACCAGAAGUGUUUGAAGGCAGUAACUACAGUGAAAAGUGUGAUGUGUUCAGCUGGGGUAUCAUCCUGUGGGAGGUGAUCACUCGCAGGAAGCCCUUUGACGAGAUCGGAGGAUCGGCCUUCUGCAUCAUGUGGGCCGUGCACAGAGGUACUCGCCCACCCCUGAUAAAGGACCUCCCGGAGCCCAUUGAGGGCCUGAUGACACACUGUUGGGACAAAGACCCUGCCCAGAGGCCCUCCAUGGAGGAGGUCAGAAACACCAUGGCAAACCUCAUGAAGUACUUCCCAGGGUCUGAUGAGCCUCUCCAGUACCCCCACCAGUGUCCAGGCAACAGCAGGAGUGGCUCCUCCUCAGCCACAAGCACAGGUUCCUGUGCAGACAACACUAUCAACAGCUACAGAACCGAAAGCAACAUGGAACAUGGAACAAACUCUCAAGGGAGAGAUGACACCCUGAAAAGCAUUGAAGCUAGAUUUCCACUUCAGUUCAAACCAUCAAAGGGGGGUACAUUACGCCCCAGCCUGCCCCUGUCCAGAGGGCCUAGUGUGGAGAGCCUGCCUGAGCGUGAGCGUACCCAGAGCCCUGCCCCCACUGAGGUCAAAGGGCAAUGUGCUGGCCAAUCAGGGCCAGAGCUGAGAGUGCCUUUCAGUCCCACAGAGAUGAAUGGUUUGGACAGCUCCAUCCCCAUGGCUUAUCUGACACUAGAUCACCAGCUUCAGCCCCUGGCCCCAUUCUCAAACUCCAAAGAGUCCAUGGCUGUGUUUGAACAGCACUGCAGAAUGGCCCAGGAGUACCUGAAAGUGCAGACUGAAAUCGCCCUGCUCACCCAGAGAAAGAAGGAGUUAAUCUCUGAGCUGGACCAGGAUGAAAGGGAGCAGCAAAAUACAUCCCGUCUAGUUCAGGAGCACAACAAAUUGUUGGACGAGAACAAGAGCCUCUCCACCUACUUCCACAUUUGUAAGAACAAGCUGGAGCGGAUCCAGAGUCAGCAGCAACAGAAGAGUUAGAAUGCCUCUUGAUGUGUGCCUGUUGCCUCUGAACUGUCCUCAGAUCAGCAGCAGUCAAAGAGACUGUCAAGGGGCCAUUUUGUGAUGUCUCCUCUGUCGACCCUCAACUGUUUUGGGAUCGGCAGCCAAAUAUACCUGCCAUAUUUGUGAUGAAUGCUUCAUAUUGCUCAUCAACUGUUUUCGGAUGAGCAGCCCAAGAGACUGGCCAUUUAGUGAACUCUUUCCUGCUGCUCUUAAACUGUUCUUGGAUCAGUGGCCAAAGAUGACGGCCAUGUCAUUGUGAAUGCUUUGUAGAUCCUCAACUGAUCCACAGUCCGCAGCAGACUGCACAAAGCAGGUCUCCCCUCAGGUUCUUGCUCCCCAAUGCACUGUACAGUAACGACAUAUUCCACCUGUCUCAAUCCAGAGCUGUGUUCAGUACAACAAUGUUGUGAAAUGUUGUGCAAGACAUAUUAAGAACAGCUCAGUUCAUUUAAAUGCAUGUUUCGGAAAGACGUCAUUCUAGUCUGCCAGAGGAACAUUGAACAAGGAAAGCCUGGAGGCCCUGUAACGCCAUCUCCUACUGUAGCUGUUGACAUCCAGAGUAAAAUGCAGUUGCCCCUAGAGACUGAUCUUGGGUCUGUUUAGUAUCCCC